UUUGUUAUUUUUGCGAUUGAAUUAAAAACGAAUUGACAGAAUUAGAAUAAACAGAAUUGAUGAAUUCAUUAUUACGACACAUUUAAGUAGCGAAGCGCAGCGUCAACAUUUUUUGUAAAAUAUAUUGCAUUUAUAAAAGCAGUGACAAGUUUUGUUCGAGGUCUGCACAUAACUUUAGAUUUGAACUCUUCUGAUGAUGGAUGAUGAGCCAAAAAGAAAGUUUAAUGAAAUUGAUGAUGAUGUUCCCGAAGAAGACCAAAUAUUUUCUUCUCGUAUCAAAAGAUUCCCCAUCAUUACUCCUGAGGAGGUUGAAAAAAUGAUGAAGGAAAGUGAAGAAAAGGAUCCAGAGGUGAUAAAAGAAGUUGAAAUUGAAGUUGAAGAGAUAAAACCAAGCAGAGGAAGAAGAGGAAAGAGAAGAGGAAGAGGUAGAGGUAAAACAAAUGCAAAGAUUAAAAUAAAAAAAACCUCUGAAGAAGUUUUAUUGCAGGCUGCGGAAGAAGAAGAUUUAAACUUAUCUAAAACUACAAAAAGACGCUUGCAAAGGCUUCAAGAAGAUGAAGCAUAUAAAAGGCAGCAAAUUGAAGAAGAAAAUGCUCGUGUGCUUUCAUUUGACCUCUCAGAUGAUGAUUUGAAUGUUGAAGUGAUCGAUUUGGAUUGUUCUACCCCCCAGAAGAAUUCCGAGCUUUCCUUGAAAGUGCAUUAUCUUGCUGACAUUAAGAAAAUAAAAUGCCAACAAAGUGAGAAAUUUUCCUCCAUAUUUUGUAAAGUAGCUGAUGCUUUCAACCUUAAGGCUUCAGAAGUCUUAUUAUGCCAUAAAGACAGAAAUAUUCAAGUCGAUGACACUCCAAGCAGAGAAAAAUGA